CCUACCCAUUCUUCACCUGAACAGAGGGAAGGGCCAGACAGAAGCUGUCUGAACAGAAAGAGAGAAAGAGAAAAAAACAAGGAAGCACUCAGGUGUGUGAGUCGGUUUUAGUCUUUAUGUAAAGAAGAAAGAAAAAGGAACAUUAACAUUUAAGAGGUUUUCAAGAUGGAUGUCCAAGAGAACUCCCCAGGAGUUAUGGGGUUGCUGAAAACGUUUGACUCUUCUGAGUUUGGGAGUUGGGAGAAGAUAGGCUCCGGUGGAUUUGGACAAGUGUACAAAGUGCGGCACGUACAGUGGAAAACAUGGCUGGCUAUUAAGUGUCCUCCCAGUCUUCAUGUGGAUGAAAAAGAGCGUGCCGAGCUCCUUGAAGAGGCCAAUAAAAUGGAGGCAGCGAAGUUCCGCUACAUCCUGCCUGUAUAUGGCAUCUGCGGUGACCCAUUGGGCCUGGUGAUGGAGUACAUGGAGACAGGCUCUCUGGAGACACUGUUGGCCGCCGAGCCACUGCCAUGGGUGCUGCGUUUCCGUAUUAUCCACGAGACUGCAGUGGGCAUGAACUUCCUGCACUGCAUGAACCCACCACUGCUCCAUCUGGACCUGAAGCCUGCAAACAUACUGCUGGAUGCCCACCACCAUGUCAAAAUCUCAGACUUUGGCCUGGCCAGGUGGAACGGCUUUUCCAGGAACGACGACAUCAGUCGUGAUGGAUUCUGUGGCACUAUUGCCUACCUGCCUCCUGAAAGGAUCAUAGAGAAGGAAAGGGUUUCUGAUACCAAGCAUGAUGUGUACAGCUUCUCGAUUGUUAUCUGGGGAAUUCUCACACAGAAAAAGCCAUAUCAAGGGGAGAACAACAUUCUGCAUAUCAUGGUGAAGGUGGUGAAAGGGGUUCGUCCAGACCUGAGCUCUGUGCCCCGCAGUCGACCCCAGGCGUGCUCGGGCUUCAUAGCCCUCAUGCAGAAAUGCUGGAGUGGAUCUCCUGACGCCAGGCCCAGCUUCCAGGAGAUUACAUCUGAGGCAGAAGAACUGUGUUCCAAACCCCAUGACGAGUCCAGAGGAUCAGUGUCUGAGCCAGACUCCUCACCCUGUCCAGCUCCAAUGAGCUCUGAACAGAUUAAGGAGCAAAAGCCAGUGAGGCCGAAGUCAGCCAUGUUACCAGAGAAGGACUACAGCCUUUCUGAGCUGCUGAGUCAGAUCGAUUCUGGGAUUUCACGCAGCUUUGACCACGUUAAAGAGGACUGCCUGGAGAGCAAGGACAACACCAGCAAGAGACUGUCGGGAAUCUCCUCUGUGGACUCGGCCUUCUCAUCCCAAGGCUCCAUCACCCUCUCCUUUGAGAGGGAGAAUUCAGUCAAUGAAUCAAGCGAGCUACAGAAGAAGAAGCUAUGUGAAGCCAUUCGCACUGAGGACACAGCAAAACUAAUGAAGCUCCUGCAGCCACAGGAUGUGGAACUCCGCCUAGAAGGUGGCGGUGGCCUACUUCACUAUGCUACAACACUGGGCAAUGAAGAGGCUGUGAAAUUUCUACUUCUCAACAACUUCAGUGCUAACCUGGCUGACUGGCGUGGCGCCACACCUCUGCAUGUUGCUGUGGAAAAGCAUCUCCGAGGUGUUGCUGAGAUCUUGCUGAGCCGCAAAGGAACUGAUGUGAAUGCUAAAGAUGAGGACCAAUACACAGCCCUGCAUUUUGCCGCUCAGAACAGUGAUGAGGCUCUGGCACGCCUGCUUCUGGAGCGACGGGCAUCGGCCAGUGAGGCAGACGCCCAGGGGCGUACAGCAGCCCAUGUGGCAUGUCAACAUGGGAGUGAGGGCGUUCUGCGUGUGCUCUUGAGUCGAGGCGCUGUCGACGCCCAUGCCGCUGCCAAGGAUGGGUGGACACCACUGCAUCUGGCAGCUUGGCGCGGCCACUCUACCAUCUCCAAGCUGUUGGUUAAGCAGGCAGGUGCUGAUGUGGACGCGGCAACCGCCGAUGGGCGCACACCACUGCACCUGGCAGCUCAAACAGGCCGAUACAGGGUGGCACGUGUGCUAGUGGAGCUAGGUGCCAAUGUGCAACAGACCUCCAGCCCAGAUCUACGCUCACCGCUGCAUGUUGCAGCUGAGACAGGCCACACGAGCACUGCGCGCCUGCUACUGAAACAUGGUACUGAUAUCCAAGGACGCACAGCACAGGGUUGCACUGCCUUGCACCUAGCAGCUCAGCGUGGUCACUUGGCCACAGUAAAAAUGCUCCUGGAAGAGGGUGCUGAUGUUCGGAGCGUCAACCGCGCCCUGCGCACUGCGUGCCACCUCGCAGCUGAAGGUGGUCAUGGCCAGGUGGUCAAUGAGCUGCUGGAGAGGUGGCCUGAGGUAGUCACGGUGCAGGACGAGGACGGGUUAGCGCCAUUGCACCUAGCCUUGCGGAGUGGACACACGGACAUCACGCGUCUCCUGCUGAGCCACGGAAGCUCAGAAGCUGAUAUUUUGCAGCCAGAACCCAAGAAUCUGAACACUAAAAGAGUUGAGG